UUUUUUUUUUUUUUCCUCCUCCGGUUAACGGGGUGCCGCUCCUCCGGCUUGCCCCACGGUUGGGUGUUGCGCCCGGUCGCCCCUCCGUGCCUGCGCCCCGAUUUCUCCAUCGUGGCGAUUGCUGCGGUGCCAAUAAACCCCUGCCAGGUUGGUUUUUUUGAUCUCUGCCUAAAAUUUAGCCAAUUUUGGGUACGCCUGUCGCUAUCGGGCAUUACUGAGGCAUUACCGAUGGCGUUACUGAGGACAGGUACCAGAUUCCUGACGGUUGAGCGGAUUCUGUGAAUACAAGGAGAAAUUGUGCAUUCGAAGAACAUCAGGAUUUGGGUUUAAAGUCGACUCUUCCAGCUGCAGCUUGUAGGAAAUGAAACCUGUGAGCGGUAUGUCUCAGAAAUAACCGCCCGCGGCUCCAGUAUAGAUUCUAUAGGUGUGGCUUUGCCUGUGUGAGCUGUGGUUUUCUCUCACAACCUCAUAUUUAAGAUAAUUUUGAGCAGAAUAAAUUUGUUGGGAGCUUCAGUUUCAAACAAGAGUUGAAGAACAGGCUGAGAAAAAUGGCCCGACCGUUGUUUAAAUUACUUUGACCCUGCUUGUUGCCUUAGCGAUGCUGUCGGAGGCCACCUGAAGCACAACAGGCUUUGAAGGCCCCCAAAUUUUAAAGCACCUUCGGUGUAUUUUCACGUAUAUUUGCAUAAAAGAAGCUUUUUGUCUUCCGGACGAGAAGUCUGUUGGGUUUACUUAGUCCUCCUUAAGAGGAGGUACUGCUGAGAAAGUAAAACUCGGGCCUGGUUAAACCCCUCGCACAAGUGAGGCUCCUCGCACCUCACGACGGCAUUAACUGCUUUAUUUGUUGGGGAUUAUUCUUUUGUGUUAAAAACGCACCGCGAUGCGUUUUGUCCCUGUUACUUUAACGCCCAGUGAAUGUCGGAGGGUUCUUUCCCUCUGCGCAACGAGAAUUUUUAAAAUCCAAGUUGAAAACUUGGGUGAAAGUUUCAUUGAAAGGAAAUCAAUCCGCCGAGGAUGAGUUUAACGCUGCUGCCAGACACCUCGCGUUACCACCUUGGUCUUCUUCACAAGAGUUAGCGGCCCCGUUAAUUAGGCAAUUAUCUCUGGGUCCGGUAUCUCUACUGCCUUGUACCUAAACACCGGUUUUUUGACCUGGGUGGGGUCCGGAGGUUUGGAAUUCAUUCUCUCUCUCCCUCUCUGCCCCGGUUUUUUCCCUCAUCAGGCAAGGACAAUAGACUCCACCAGGCUGUCUUCCCAGCUGCCUUUGUUCUCAGGCUGUUUGUCUUGGGGCUGAUAUUAUCAAACGUCUCCGUCGCUGAAUGGGGUUUAUACUUCUUUCGGCCAGUGUGGCGAAGGAAAGCGGCCAAUCGACGUGAGCUUCCGCGAUUUUUGUGAAAAGCUCGCCUUCUGACAUUUGCGGGCGGUUCAGCAGUAGCUGAAGUGUUACGGGGGGUGAGGAAGCCGAGCACCUGUGUUUGCGGAAGUGAUCGGCGUGCAAGGAGGAAGGCCAGUCUGUUUUUAUCUAAAAACCAUCUCGAAACCUAGCUCUAAAGAAAACAUGCCUUGAACUGCCACAGAAUGAAGCCUGCUCUUUUCAGCGUGCUCUGUGAGAUCAAGGAGAAAACAGUGUUAAGUAUUCGCGGUAUUCAGGAAGAAGAUCCCCCAGAUGCUCAACUAAUGAGACUAGAUAACAUGUUGCUGGCAGAGGGCGUCUCCGGGCCCGAGAAAAGAGGAAGAGGAGGACCGAUGGCUGUAGCAGCAACAUCAGGUGGCUGUCCAAAUGACAAUAGCAUUGAACACUCUGACUACAGGGCCAAGCUGUCACAGAUCCGACAGAUAUACCACUCUGAGCUAGAGAAAUAUGAACAGGCCUGCAGUGAGUUCACCACCCACGUUAUGAACCUGCUUAGGGAACAGAGUAGAACAAGACCGAUUUCACCAAAAGAAAUAGAGCGCAUGGUGAACAUAAUCCACGGCAAAUUCAGCACCAUCCAGAUGCAACUGAAGCAGAGCACGUGCGAGGCAGUGAUGAUCCUGCGUUCCCGCUUUCUUGACGCAAGGCGUAAACGACGUAACUUCAGCAAACAGGCGACGGAGGUACUGAAUGAAUAUUUUUAUUCGCAUCUGAGUAAUCCUUACCCCAGUGAAGAGGCCAAAGAAGAGCUAGCAAAGAAAGGUGGCAUCACAGUUUCACAGGUUUCCAACUGGUUUGGUAACAAAAGAAUUCGAUACAAAAAAAACAUGGGGAAGUUCCAAGAAGAAGCUAAUAUUUAUGCUGCAAAAACAGCAGUGGAUGCAACUAAUGUCGUGGCUCAAGGCAACCAGGCAAAUUCUCCAUCUACACCAAAUUCAGCUUCCUCUGGCUCUUUUAAGAUGACAAAUUCCGGAGAUUCGUUUAUAAACUUGCAGUCAUUGACUUCCUACCAGAGCUCCCCAGUGGGAGCCAAUGUGCAGUCCCAGAUGGAUUCCUUACAUCAUGUCAUACACCAGACAGGAAGAUAUGACACAAUCGUGGGGAAUCCUUUGUAUACGACGCAGCGCAUAGAUGUAAGAUGUACUGAGGCUAAUGGCAGCUGGCAGGAUGCUACCACCCCUUCAUCAAUCACUUCACCUGCUGGAGACCCUGGAAGUGUUAAUUCGGAUGCGUCUAAUUAAGUUUUUAGGACCUAUUGAUGAGAGGAAAGAGGUCAUUAGUGUAAUUUGUCAAUGUUGCUCUUUUUGCCAAUACUAUUGUUUAUACAACUUGACACACAGCUAAUUACCUCAGAAAAAACCCUGGAACCAAUAGAAGAUUGUGAUUACAAUGAUACCUCUCUACCUCUCAGCCUCACGCAGUUGAGUUCUUUUCACUUAUGCCCAUUGGGAUGUGAAAUUGUUUUAAAAGAACUUGCUUCAUUUUCUUAACCAAAUUCAUUUUUUUAAAUAUGGAUUUUAUGGUAAGAAUCUGAAAGUGUCUCUUCUAGAACUUGGCGUUCGUCUCAAGUUUUACAGCUUAAGAAAAUUGACUUAUUUUAAUUUCCAUAAAGUUUUUUACUAUGAAAUUUCUGUUCUAGUUGAUAGCUACUAACAGUUAAACCCCCUGUAUUGUAAUUGUAUGCGUUCUCUGUAUUGUAAUUUUGUAUAGGAAAAUAAGCUUUUCUUAACUAGAAUUCAUUCUGAGCUAAUUAAUCAGAACGUUGCUUUACCAAAACUCUCACUGGACUUUGCUCUCGGGUAGGACCUUCCAUCCUGUGUCAUUCCAUGUAAUUCUAAUUUAAUGUCUAGUGAAAAAAAAACAAAACCAACCAACAAAACCACCUGACUUCCCCAUGGAUAAUAGAUUUUUGUGCAUUUCUGCAGCUGUUAACACAGAGUCCACCCCUUUCAGUUGAGAUUUUAUCAAAGAUAAUAAACUUCCAAAGCCUU